AUGUUCGUCUCACCUCCUCCACCAACGUCCACAAAACAGGCUUUGCCUAACUUGCUGGGCAAACGGAAGGGCCACGAGCUCUAUACAGUGCCAGAGGAGCCUUCAAGUACACCAUUGGUAUCCUCACCACAUUCGGCGCAAAAAGAGUUUGUGAACGCUCCUCCAGAAUUCGCACAUCGGGCACGCGAUGAGAUUCGAAAGCGACUCUUGAGCCGCAAAGGCGACUCACAUCCGUCGGAUGACCAAAGAAGCAUUUCAUCAGGAAUGACACACAGCUCUUUCCACUCAGAUGCACGGUCUGUGGCGACAUCUGGUGUAUCGAGCGUUUUUUCCUCUCAUCCAUCGAUUGUCACGCAAUCCAGUGCAGCCACUACCUUUAUAGAAGAUGACAAGCCAAGGGUCAUAACUCUGCAAGAGGCCCUGCCGAAAGUCUUCUAUGACAUGUACACACCAGAAAUACUCAUGAACCCACAGAACUUACUCUGCAACGGGAGACCCAAGUUCACAAAGCGGGAACUGCUCGAUUGGGACUUAAACGAUAUCAGAUCUCUUCUGAUUGUCGAGAAAAUGCGCCCUGAAUGGGGCACGUAUCUGCCACAAGUGGUGUUUGAUUCUGCGAUCACUGCGACAGAUUCAAAAGGACCCCAAUGCGUCCCUGAGUUCAGAAUUCAAUUAUUACCUUUGAACUCUCCUGACGAAUUCAUCAUCCGUACAUUAGUGGAAUCAGAUUUAUAUCUAGAGGCUCAUCUAGACUACGAUUUCAAACUCACAAACGCUAAGUACACAGUUGCAGCUGCCAGGAAAAGACACGAGCAGCUGACUGGUUUGAACGAACCAGUGAUGCACCUUUCAAAGCCAGAAUGGAGAAACAUAAUAGAAAACUACCUCCUUAACAUAGCAGUGGAGGCCCAAUGCAGAUUUGACUUCAAGAAGAGAUGCUCCGAUUAUAAAAAGUGGAAGCAAGAACAAAUGGAAAUUAAAAGACCGGACAUGCCUCCACCAUCAAUCAUACCCUCUCGAAAGCGGGAAAAUUCAUUACUAAAGAGAACACUUUUAAAGAACACGGCAAUGAAAUUAGCCGAAGACAGGCCCUGUGUCCCUCCCAAGGUAUCCAUCACAAAGGAAGAAAAAGCAUCUCUAUGGUCUCAAUGUCAAGCGCAAGUGUACCAAAGGUUGGGUCUUAACUGGACUCCCGAUGGUAUGUAA